AAGCAGUUCCGCUGCAAAUCCAGCCAGUACUGCAAACCGCGUUUCUUCCUCUGUGAUGGCGUGAACGAUUGUGGCGAUAACUCAGACGAGCAGGACUGCAAGUGCCCUGACAAGUUCUUAAAAUGCAGAAACGGAAAGUGCAUCCCAGAAGCACAAAAGUGCGACAACACCGACAACUGCGGAGAUGGCACAGAUGAGUCCGAUUGUGGAUUGGCUCAGGCCACCAGCUGUACCACGUACACAUAUAAGUGUAAGAACGACCAAUGUAUUAACAAACUGAACCCAGAAUGUGAUGGCGUGUCGGACUGCACAGAUGGCUCUGAUGAGACUAUGUGUGACUGUGGGAAACGCCCUUACAGCAGGAAGACUAGGAUUGUGGGUGGUGUAAAUGCUGAUGUUGGCGAGUGGCCGUGGCAGGUCAGCCUGCAGACAAAGAAGGAUGGACACACAUGUGGCGCAUCUCUGGUCUCCCCUACCAUGUUACUGUCCGCUGCUCACUGCUUCCAGGACUCAAAUUCAGUGCGAUAUUCAGACCCCAGUGUGUGGACAGCGUAUCUGGGUCUACAUGAUCAAUCCACAAAAACCAGCAGCAAGGAUGUUGUGAUGCGCAAGAUCAAACGUGUCGUGGCUAACAGAGGGUUCAAUGACUUCACCUAUGACAAUGAUAUCGCCAUGUUGGAGCUGGAGAGUCCUGUCACCUACACUGAUUUUAUACAACCAAUCUGUAUCCCCGAGAGCACGCAUGUCUUCCCAGUGGGCAAAUCUAUAUGGGUGACAGGCUGGGGUGCUCUAAGCGAAGGAGGUACUGGUGCCACUGUACUACAGAAAGCUGAGAUACGAAUAAUC